UGUGCCAUUUUUUUAAAUAAUUACACCACCUCGCUGUCUUACGAGCUCACGAGAUGUUACGUCAUAUAGAGAUCAAACAUGGCGAAUGUCGGCGUGUGAAGACUGUGUUUUCCACGCCUGAAAUCUGAGGGACGACAAUGUAACAUUGUUGUGUAUAAUAUAUUAAGACGAUUGCCCUGCUUGUAGCUAUUCCUACAAAUGAGAUUUUGUUUAGUUUAGAUUUUAGCGGAUACACAAAUAACUUAACGAAAUAUGGCAUCAGAUAAAGUGAAAGUCGCUGUUCGUGUAAGACCAUUGAAUCGACGAGAGAUAGAAUUGGAGACGCAGUGUGUCGUGGAGAUGAAAGAUGACCAAACUAUCCUUCAUCAUCCACCUUCCAGCAAGGCUGAAAGCGUUGACAGUAGGUCUGCAAAACAGCACGGAGUCUUCUGUUGUGUCAGAAUUUCGCUCAAAGCUACACAAAGGGCCAUUUUCCCAUAUCAGUUCCUAAUUUUGUAUUGAUAAGCAAGAGAGAGAAGGCAGCUAGUCAACAGUACCCCUCCUUCCACCAACCAUUCAACUGCUCUUUCCUAAUCGAACUCACAGCAGGAGGUCCUGUUAAUUAGAAGCGAGAACCGAUUUAAUAUUUUAAUUUUAUAACAGUUUAUUUCAUAUUUGGUUUGUGGUUAAAUAUGCCUCUACCUUUAUUAGAUUUUUAAUAACGAGUUUGUUGAUGUUUGACAAUUUUUUUCUCUGUUUCUUUGUGUGUAAGA